CAAUCCGACUGGGUUGCGGAUUCGGGAAGAACAAGAAAACUCCGAGUGGACUAUCUCUGAAUUAUCUUUAUUCUAAAUCCGAAUAAUGAAUUUUCAGAUUCUGGAUAACGGUAAUCCUCUUGGGAGUUAAGGAUAUAGGCGUUGGAUAAGCUUUUGUACAUUCUCCUCACGUCUAGCACAAUAAUGGAAGCUCUGGCGCUUCCUUCCCUGAAUUCACUCACCAUUUCUUGUUCUAAUUUGAAGAAAGGGAGCUUUUCCAACCUCCCCAGAAGCUUAAAUCACUCUAAAUUUUACGAACAAUCCACCUUAAAGUUCAGCCCCCUUCAUGGUACCUACCGCCGUCGUUUCAAUGUUGUCAAAAUGCAAAGUGAUAGUGAAGACUAUGAGCUGAAGCAAAUGAGGGAUAUGGCUGCAGCUAAAAAGAGAUGGGAUUCUCUGAUCCGAGAAGGCAAAGUGAAAGUCUUGAUGCCAAGGGAAGCUGGUUAUGCCGUUCAGCUCUCUGAUAAGACAUUGGUUGAUGUGCGUCCUUCUAUAGAACACAAAAAGGCAUGGGUUAAAGGCUCAACAUGGAUCCCUAUCUUUGAGGUUGAUGACAAACUUGAUGCUGGAACUCUUUCUCGAAAGGUCACAAGCUUCAUGAUGGGGGGAUGGUGGAGUGGGGUGCCUACAGUAUCCUACAAUAGCCGAUUCUUAUCAGAAGUUCAAGAGAAGUUUCCAAAAGAUGCUGACCUUAUUCUUGCAUGCCAAAAGGGGUUGAGGUCCCUGGCUGCAUGUGAAAUCCUCUACAAUGCUGGUUAUAGAAACCUUUUCUGGGUUCAAGGCGGUCUAGAUGCCGCUGAAGAAGAGGAUCUUGUCCGAGAAGGUCCUCAACCAUUGAAAUUCGCUGGGAUUGGUGGGCUUUCGGAAUUCCUUGGUUGGACAGAUCAACAAAGGAUAGCUGGUGCAAAAGAGGGUUGGGGUUAUCGCUUGGUUUACUCUGCUCGUUUGAUUGCAGUCUUCAUCGUUGCAGAUGCCUUGUUUAUUGGAGCCCAGCAAUUGGGUCGCUAUGUUCAGGAAUUACGGUCUCACUGAGAUCACUGGCUCGAGUUUGUGAAGCAGAAUGAAAGGCAUUUAAGACUGAAGUCUGAAGUUUUGGGUAGAGUAGAGAGGUUAUGUGUGAUGGAGAAAUCUGUUGAUACUAUGUUUGUAUAUUCUUUGAGUCUAGUUUUCAAUUUUGUGCAAGAGCUUGCCCAUUUUGCAUUACUAGGUAAAGAAGUUGAGAUUUUGAGGUGAAUUUAACACUCGAAGAAGAAGUACAUGAGAAUGAAUAAUAAUAGCAACUUGAAGAAGUACAUGAGAAUGAAUAAUAAUAGCAACUUAUAUUGUAGCUAAGAA